AUGCAUACUGGUUCACAAGCAGCAGCAGCAGCAACAUUCCCUCCCAUGCAUGGUGGUUCACAAGCAGCAGCAGCAGCAACAGUCCCUCCCAUGCAUGGUGGUUCACAAGCAGCAGCAGCAGCAGCAGCAACAGUCCCUCCCAUGUAUGGUGGUUCACAAGCAGCAGCAGCAGCAACAGUCCCUCCCAUGCAUGGUGGUUCACAAGCAGCAGCAGCAGCAACAGUCCCUCCCAUGUAUGGUGGUUCACAAGCAGCAGCAGCAGCAACAGUCCCUCCCAUGCAUGGUGGUUCACAAGCAGCAGCAGCAGCAGCAACAGUCCCUCCCAUGCAUGGUGGUUCACAAGCAGCAGCAGCAGCAACAGUCCCUCCCAUGCAUGGUGGUUCACAAGCAGCAGCAGCAGCAGCAACAGUCCCUCCCAUGCAUGGUGGUUCACAAGCAGCAGCAGCAGCAACAGUCCCUCCCAUGCAUGGUGGUUCACAAGCAGCAGCAGCAGCAACAGUCCCUCCCAUGCAUGGUGGUUCACAAGCAGCAGCAGCAGCAACAGUCCCUCCCAUGCAUGGUGGUUCACAAGCAGCAGCAGCAGCAACAUUCCCUCCCAUGCAUGGUGGUUCACAAGCAGCAGCAGCAGCAGCAGCAACAGUCCCUCCCAUGCAUGGUGGUUCACAAGCAGCAGCAGCAGCAACAGUCCCUCCCAUGCAUGGUGGUUCACAAGCAGCAGCAGCAGCAGCAACAGUCCCUCCCAUGCAUGGUGGUUCACAAGCAGCAGCAGCAGCAACAUUCCCUCCCAUGCAUGGUGGUUCACAAGCAGCAGCAGCAGCAGCAGCAACAGUCCCUCCCAUGCAUGGUGGUUCACAAGCAGCAGCAGCAGCAACAGUCCCUCCCAUGCAUGGUGGUUCACAAGCAGCAGCAGCAGCAGCAACAGUCCCUCCCAUGCAUGGUGGUUCACAAGCAGCAGCAGCAGCAACAUUCCCUCCCAUGCAUGGUGGUUCACAAGCAGCAGCAGCAGCAACAGUCCCUCCCAUGCAUGGUGGUUCACAAGCAGCAGGGGUGUCAACAUUUCCUCCCAUGCAUGUUGGUUUACAAGCAGCAGGGGUGUCAACACCAUCACACAUGUCCUCAAUGAGUAAACAAGAUUUCCGGAGUGUUUUGAGAGACAUUGCUAAAAAUAUGAGGACAGAUGAGCAAACUGACAACCUAGGAAUGGAACUGGGAAUUGAUCAAGCCGAUAUCGAUGGCUACAAGAAAGCGAACCGACACGGUAUAGAUUAUGAAGGGACCCAUGAUAUGCUCAAAAAAUGGUCGAUGAAUCAACAGCCGGCAACGAGGUUAGGGAUCUUAAGACAAGCCUUGGAGACGGUCAAGAGGAUAGACCUAUGUGAAAGUCUUUCUUCAAAACCUGACGUCGUUGAUAUGGGAACAACAUCAACAGCAGCAGCAAUAUUUCCUCCCAUGCAUGCCGGUGUACAAGUAGCAAGGGUGUCAACACCGUCACAGAUUGAUCUGGAAUCAGAUGAAGUACUUGACACACUGUCGAAACAUGUGCCUCAUAAGACUUACACAACGUUAUGCAGACAUCUUGGCAUCGGAUAUGACCAAGCUAACAGCAUCCUAGCCAAGUGCAUCAUGGACUACCAGAGAGCUACAAGGGAAUGCCUGGCACAGUGGAAGACAAGGACUGGUGGUGAUAUGGCCCAGCUUAAGACCAUCCUUGUGGCUGCAGAGCUUACAAAUUUAGUGAAGUAUGUAAAUUAAUCAUGUGAAGCUUCCAACAGGUGCAAUAUGAACUCUUUGGCUCUUAUUCUAGUCAAUCCUAAAUGUGACACGCUGUUUAGGCUUUUGUUCAAAAUCGUAGGUUUCACAAAGGAGCUGUGAAACGACGCCUGACUGAGAUGCUCCCCAGGGAGUGGAGAAUGUUGACGCAUUGAAAUUGAUGACCAGAGUAAUGACAUUUCUGAAAAGCACUUAGAGACAUUCCCGGCCCCCCACUCGGC